AUGGCCGAAUCUGAGGAUGUCGGCUACAUGCUGGCCAGGCUGAACAGCAUGGCCUUCCUCGCUGCAGACGCCUACACCAAUCAGCAGCAUGGACGCACACAAGAUGUGCAAUCUCUGUUCGAUUCCGUCUUCCACCUUGAUUCUAUCCGGAACAUUUUGAGCCGUCAGUCUCACUCGCCGACUGAUCUGGAAUACGUGGUCGACAUCGGGGAAGACGAGAAGCUUGUUGUCUAUGGACCAGAUGACGGCGAGAAUGACCCACCGAUGCCGCUGUUGACUACCGGCAUGAUGGGUUCCGCACUUCCGGUGGCCUUGGAAGCAGAUCCCAACUACCACGCUGAAUUGGUUCCGGAUGAAAUAGCUGAGAUGCUGUGCGGGGAAGCAGCGGACGGAGAAGAAGUCUCCCUCGACGAGCGUCUCCUCGCCUACGUCUUUGAUCGCAUCAUCGCCUACGCUUUUGCUGGCUCCACGACGGAUUGGAGUGCAGUGGGCCUUGUCGCUCUUGACCGCCAGAAUUUCCAUGCGCAAAACCUUCUCAGUCUGCAACAGCGCCUCUUGCGUGGUCUUUACUCUCCGCACAAUGCCCAAUUCGAGCUUCUUUUCAACAUAAAUUCUCGCCAAAAUGCCGGGCGGGAUAGCGGAGAAGUGGCUAUAUCUGUAGCACUUCAUGCUGUGCUCCCUGCCGCAGUAUCUCGCGGAUCCGAGCGUCUCUUGCUCUGGAACGCAGCCUUAAGGGUCGCUGCUGCUACGCCAGCCAACAACAACACCCAGCAAGUUGUACCUGCUCUCCGGCCCCGAUACGUGGACUGGGUGCACGUCGGCGACGUACCUUCAUCGUCACCAACCCACCUGCACCACAACGGCAGAGCCCGCCAUCAUUUUCUCCUCCUCCAAGGAUCCGCGAGCGGGCUAAUCGACGACCUGCACACAAAACUGCAGGCCACUAGCUUGGAUGUCCAGCGCCACGACAUCAAAUCGUUCUCUCCAACCACGCUACUCCACUCCCGGCAGGAUUCCACCACCAUCAUCGUCGACCUCGCCUCCAUCGCCACCGCUGACAACCUCCCCAGAGCGCCGGGUAACCCAUGUCAGGAGCUCCUCGAGCGGCUGGCGACAACCUCGGCCGGCGCCCGGGUCAUCCUGGUCACGCAAGGCGUGCUCGCCGUCACUGGCUACGAAGAUAGGCAGGUCGAAGCGGAUAGCGUGGGCGCCGCGGAGAUAGUGAGCUGCUAUGCCAGCUCGCAGCAGCUUGAAGUGUGGCAGGUCGACGUCGAUGCGCGCGCCGCGACCAGCGAGGGCGCCGACGCGCUCUGCAGGCUACUCUUGCUGCCGGAUGAUGGUGGCAGCAGCGUCUUCAACAAGAACAGCAGCCGCGGUGGUGGCAUCCUGGCUCUGCGCGAUGGCUCGAGGCUCUUCGAGCCCGCGUGGGUCGAGUCCGGGCGCGUAGUGGACGCUGCUGGCGAUGAGGAGGCGAUGCUGAAGGCCCCCUUUGCGGCCUGCUUCCGGGAGAGGGAGCAGGUGUUCGAGAUGGAGCGGCUGCUCGCUGAUGCCUGUACGGAGGCUUUGCGGUCUGUUGUCGACCCUGCGACGUUUGAGAGGGUGUUCGCGAAGCUGGACCGGCUGGCGGAGCAGUCUUUGGUUGCUGCUGUUGCCUCGCUGAGCCAGCAGGACCUGCAGCACUCCGUACCUGCUCACCUCAAGCAGCUGUGUGAGCGGUACUCCAGACAACAGUACUCCGAUCACUCGGCCAUCGCAGAUGCCGGACGGCUACAGGCCGAGCUCGAGGAGCUCUAUACGGAAUGCCCGCCGCUCCGCCCCUCUGUUGCGCUCCUAGGCAACGUCCUCGGGCGCCACCGCGACGUCCUUCUUGGCCGUCUCGCACCUCUCGACGUCCUUUUCGGCAAGAAUGACACAGCAGCCAACAGCGCCGCCGCCCUGCAAUCCGGAGGAGGAGGAGCGGCGGCGGAGGUCUACGACGAAGCCGUCCUCGCACGCGUCCACAAACGCGUCGUCGAACGCACCAUCUCCCACCUCUGCACCCUCGCCUCCUCCCGCUCCCCCGGCCGCCGUCUACGCAUCCUCGAAGUCGGCGCCGGCACCGGCGGCACCGCCCUCCCCCUCCUCCGCCUCCUCCAACAAGACCACCCAGGCCUCUGCGCCGAAUACGCCUUCACCGACCUCGGCGCGCACUUCGUCCACGCCUUCGCGCGGCGGCACCGCGCCUCGUUCCCAUUCCUCCGCACGCAGACCUUCGACGCCGCCCGCCACCCCUCCCUCCAAGGCUUCGCGGCGGGCGAGUACGACGUCGUCGUCUGCGUCAACGUGCUGCACGCCACGCCGAGCGUGGCCGCGACGCUGGCCAACGUCCACGCGCUGCUGGCGCCGGGCGGCGCGCUCGUGCUGCAGGAGAUCACGACGCAGGCGUCGGCGUUCUUGGAUGCGACGUUCGGGCUGACUGAGGGGUGGUGGGCGGCCGAGUCCGAGGAUGUUUUUCGCCCCGGUGGAUAUCCGACGCUGCCGCCGCGCGGGUGGCAGCAGGCGUUGGGGAGGACGGGGUUCGCUUGGUCGGCUUGUACGCCUGCGGGCGGCGCGUUGGAUCAGCAGGCGGUGUUUGUGGCGCAGAAGGGUGUGGCGUGGGGUGUUGGGGAUGGUGCUAUCGGGAUGCGCUUGCGGGAGGAGAGUGAGGGCUGGUAUGUGCUUGCUGGAGAGCAGGGCGACCGCGUAACUGCCCUCGCUGCGCAGGAGCUUGUUGGGACGUUUGAUGCCCGGCGGUUGAUCUGGGUCCGCUUUGGAGUUGGGGGUGCGGCUUCGUACGCGCAGGAUGAGGAGGAUCGAGCGUUCCAGCUGGCGCAUGAAGCAGGCGUGGACCUCCAAGUCUUUGAGGGGACGCGUGGAAGCGAGAUCAUCACCCAAGAGGUGCAGUCACUACUGAAGGGCGGUGAUGUUCGAGGCGUGGUGUGGGUCACGAAAGAUGGCGGCCCGCAGCCCUCUAUAUUUACAGCCUUGCAACAACUUCACGUCGACCUGGACCGUUUGGAUAGGAUCCCAAGGCGGCUGGUCAUUCUUCAUGGCAUUGGUUACAAGGGCAAUCACCCUCUUCAGGAUCCAUUGGAGUCAUUCGUACGGUUCCGCCGGGGCCGCUUAGGCCUGCCAACAUUGCUGGCUCGGUGGCACUUGGGUGAGGAAAGUGGCCUUCCCAGCGCAGUUGCCAAAUCCACAAUCGCCACAGCCAUCCGUUCUUGCGACUUCCGUUCCAAGAAGGUUGCCGUUCUCGACUUUAUUAGUGCAUGGAAAGCGGCUCGAAAUCAACAGCAAACCACGAAGACCAUAACAACUAAAGCCUCUACGGCGGGCAAAACUGUCUCCGGAUCCAGCAAAUCUACGCAGAUCACCAACGGUGUGAAAAAACCAACGGCAACAAGGGCGAGCAACGUACCCUCGAUCGACACGAUCAUAGCCGUUGUCAUCGCCGAGGCCGAAGCACUGCUAGGAUCUUCUGGAUCAGUAGACGCGGACGACCCUCUCAUGCAGGCGGGUAUCGACUCCCUGGCUGUCGUUGAGUUGCGCGCGGGGCUCAAGAGAUUGUUUCCACUGGCUCCUUUACCGAGCACCUACAUCUACGAGUAUGCUACUGCCAGAGCUAUAGCCGAGGCCAUUGCAACAAUGCUGGCAGAAGUAGAGGAGGAGCAAGAAGAGGAAGCUGCGCGCGCUGCUCCACCAUCAUUAACGACCGCUGCACCGGCGGUGAGAGAUAUCUCCUUACCCGCAACAGUUCAAUCACACUUCCCAACCACCGCUCCGAAUGGCGUUCCCGAUAUUCUUCCUGAGGGUAGAUGCAACAAGAUUGCCGUGAUUGCUAUGGACUGCCGGAUGCCGGGUGGCAUGAACUCGAGCGAUGAAUUUUGGGAAGGUCUGAAGCUCGGAAGAGACGCCAUGGUGGACAUCCCACUAUCUCGUUUCGACGUCGACGAGGUUUACGACGGCGACGUAGACGCACUGGCCAAGGGCAAGACAUAUGUGCGCAGAGGAGGCUUUCUGGAUCGGGCGGAGCAUUUUGACCGGUCCCGCUUCUCGAUUCCCGAGGUGCAGCUGCAACAGAUGGAUCCACAGCAAAGAAUCCUGCUCGAAACAGUCGACUCGGCCCUCACGGAUGCAGGCUAUUCCCGGAAAGAUAUGGCAGGGAGGGAUGCAUCUGUUUACAUCGGCGUCUCUUGCAAGGACUGGGCGAAGGUGGCUCCCCUAGAUGGAGCCUUCAUCGGCACUGGGGCGGCGGCCGCCAUUGUGUCGAACCGAAUUUCCUUCGAGCUUGGCCUGAGCGGCACGUCCAUGAGCAUCGACACGGCGUGCUCUUCCAGUUUGGUUGCUGUCGACCUCGCUGUCCAGGCGCUGAGGCUCGGGAGGACUGACAUGGCCGUCGCCGGCGGUGUCAACAUGAUCCUCCACCCCGACCCGUACGUUGUCUUCUGUCAAAACAAGAUGCUUUCGCCCGAUGGCCUCUGCAAGACCUUUGAUCGCGAUGCCAAGGGAUACGUCCGCUCCGAGGGCUGCGGCGUCGUCAUCCUCAAGCGGCUCUCGGAUGCGCUGCGCGAUGGGGAUCCCGUGCUGGGCGUCAUCACCGGCUCGUGUUCCAACCAGGACGGCCGGUCGACGAACAUCAGCGCGCCUUCGGGAAAGGCGCAGCAGGAGGUCGUACUGAGGGCUCUCCGUGAUGCAGGCCGUCGGCCGGAUGAAGUCGACUUCGUCGAGCUCCACGGUACCGGCACCGCUCUGGGUGACCCCGUCGAGGUCCAUUCGCUCAAGGCCGUCUUCGGGGCGCCGACGCGCAAGCGAAAGGCUGCUGCAACAGACGCCGUUCGCACUCGUCCUCUGUACCUCGGUGCUGUCAAGACCAAUAUCGGGCAUCCUGAAGCAGCAGCAGGUAUUGCGGGCUUGAUCAAGUGUGUGAACGUGGUGCAGCAACGCCAGGUUCCCCCGAACAUCCACCUCGAUAAUAUCAACCCGGGCAUUGAAUUCGAAGGCUUCGAGGUGGCACGGCUUCCGGAGCGCGUCGAAGACGUCGGCCGCGGGCCGGACAGGUCGGUGGUGGCCGGGUGUUCGUCGUUUGGCUUCGGCGGUACUAACGUCCAUAUCAUUGUCGAAUCUCCGCCGGCACAGGCAUGCAGUCGUGUACCAAAGCCGGUCAAGAAGGAGGUCAAGAAGGAGAUCAAGAAGGAGAUCGAGAAGAUUCCCGAUGUUGACGUUCAGCGCAAUACCGGGACUGAUGGCGAGGAAAAGCUUAUCAUCGCUUUCACUGGACAGGGCAGCCAGUUCGCCUCCAUGGCCAAGGAGCUGUACCGCGAUGAUUCCGUGUUCGCCGCAACUCUAGAUCGCUGCGUCAAGAUAUGUUCCCCGUGGAUUGCACCAGAAGACCUACGCAAUGCGCUGCUGGAGCCUAACGUAGAUGGAUCCGAGGCCAUCAAACCGGCACAGGCCUCUCAAGCGAGUCUGUUCGUGAUGGAGUACGCAAUCUAUCAGACCCUUGUAGAGCGUGGCCUGCAGGCCGACGUGGUUCUCGGCCACUCGAUUGGCGAAAUCGUGGCGGCAGUAGUGUCGGGCUGCUUGAGUCUGGAAGAUGGCCUUCGGCUGGUAUGUCAGCGUGGCAUCAUCAUGGAACAAGCAGACAUUGAAGGAACCAUGUACGCCAUCAUGCUGCCGCACGCCACUAUCCAGGCCGCCAUCGACGAGCUGGGACUAGGCGAGACGGCAGCUGUGGCAGCCAUCAACGGCAGCAAUCUCACCACCGUGGCUGGCUUGCACGAGUCGCUGCAGCGUUUGCUGAGCCACCUGGGGCAAGGCGUCACCAGCGCUCCUCUCAAGGUGAGCCGGCCCUUCCACUCGCCGCUGCUGAGGCUUUGUAUGGAGGAAUUCGCGGAGCGUAUCAAAAGCCUGAACGCCGGUGUGCCUACUACCGUACGCUUCUGGUCUACAGUGACGGCUGCUGAGGUCGCUGCUGCUCCCGAUGUCAACCAUUGGGUAAGGCACGCUCUACAGGCUGUACUUUACGAGCCAACUGUGCGAGCAGUCUCAGAGGCCUUCGCAGGUAGAGUGCGACUGUUGGAAGUAGGUCCCAAGAGCGUUCUCUACGACAUGAUGCGGCGUUGGGCAAGGGUGCCGCCAGGAUUGCCCGCGCCGUGCGCAUUACUGGGUUCAUCGAGCGUAGCCACGAAGUCAGGGAUCACGCUUACCACACUCCAGGCGGCAGUUAAAGCAAACGAGCAGCACUUCGGCAAGCGCGAUGACCUCUUCGAGGACGGUGAGGAAGGCGAAUGCGACCCUACCGGCAGCAACAUUGUGCUUGUUGGCCAAGGGCGCCGCGAAGGGUUUUUCCCGUGGCGUCGUGGCUACCACGCUCUCAUCACCAGCCCCGAGAUACUUCAAUUGGAUGCGGAAACGCGUGCCGUGCGCUUCAGAGUUAACCACCGCACUAUUCAGCUCGUGGCUGAUCACGUCGUUCGCGGGCGCCCAAUCCUACCUGGAGCUGCCGUCUUCGACCUGGCGUUGGGUGGCUACCAAGUCCUUCACAAUCUUCACCCUCUCGAGGCGCUGCCAAUGGAGCUACGUGACGCCGUCAUCUCACGGCCAGUAGUGUUGGCUGCGGAUAUGGAACCACCGUGGCUACAGCUGACCUACAACAACACUGAUGGAACGGUGCAGGUAAUGUCGGCAGCAGACCCAUCUCACGAGUUCGUCGAGCAUGCCCGCGCCAUAGUAGUCCGUGUCGAGCCCACGCAGUGGCAUCAACGCGUGCGGCUCGCCACCAUCCAACACCGGUGUACCAACGCCGUGGACGUCACUGAUCUCCGUUCGAAGCUCGCCGCUCGCGGACUGGCGUACGGCCCGCAGUUCCAAGCCAUGGUGAGCGCACACCGCCGCGACGGCGAGUGCCUGGCUGAGCUGCGGCUGCCGGCGUCUGGCUCGUCUGGUUAUGUUGUCCAUCCGGGCGUGCUCGACAGCGCCAUGCAGACGUGUGCCGCAACCCUGAGCUCCAUGGCCGGAAAGGACGCCUUUGCCGUGGGCUCGCUCGGGCGUCUGCGCGUGCAUGCCUUCUUGGGCGAGCACCUCAGCAACGCCGUAGUGAGGGUGUGGUCCCGUGUCGUCUCUUCAAGUGCAGACUGCUACGAAGCCAACGUCGAUGUUUGCGACGCACUGGGCAACGUACUGCUGUCACUCGAAGCCCUUCGGCUGGUGCGUGUGUCGUCGCAGGUUGCUUUGGUCGCCAGCUCGAGGUGUCUAUACUUGACCGAAUGGGCGCCUCUGCAGCCAGCUCCUGGACAGAGUCUUUCCGCGGCCUCUUCAGCUCGUCUACCGGAGAAGACGGCCAUUGACAUUGAUCAGUUACUUGGUAUUGUCACGGGUACUAACUUCGCGAGGCGUGGUCCUGUUGCUGCUCUUCGUGAUUCUCUCCGCACUGCGUGCGGAGCUGGUUCCCUCGUUGACGUUGUGUUGCCCUUUACGACGUCGGAGAAGCCAAUUCAUACACUUCUCUACGUUUGUUCCCCAACUGAAACAGCAUACACAAUCACCUCGCAGCUCUGUCGCCUGUUUCAGGCUAUUCUCGACACACCUUCCCUUUCCGAACUCCGUUCAGUCGUCGUAGUUACUUUGGGCAGCCAAUUCGUGCUUGAGGACGACGCUUGCAGCUCACCCGAGUCUUCGGCCGCAUGGGGUCUGCUACGAUCCGCACGGCUGGAGCUCCCACAGCUUCGCCUUGUCACGCUCGAUGUCGACCCUACUGCGUCUACGUGGAAGCAGGCCCUGGCAGUGCUCGACGCCGCCCUCGACGCGUCUGAGGACGAAGUGGCCUGGCGCGAUGGGCGCCGCUACGUGCCCCGACUGACCGAUCCAGGAUUUCAAGGAACAGAAGCUGAGGCCAUCGAUUUGAUGAGGCCUGCAUUCGAUUUCUCCAUCGAGACUGCUCUGCCAACAACGCUUGAUCUUAACACCGUGGUGCCAGUCGAUAUCAAUGAUGCCGAACUGGCACGCGUUCGCACGGGUUAUGCCCUUGUGAACUCCCUGGCACUGCAGAGUCUUAUCCAGGGCGCUGCUUCCGUCUCUUCUGAGGCAGAUGUCGUGCCCCUCGUUCAACAGCUGUGGAGGCGGUACCGCAACAUGCCCGCCAGCAGCGUCCAGUCGGAGUUGGUGCCACCUCACAUCGACGAUGCGAGCGCCUGGAUUGAUUCCGCAAUCAAGGAAUACCCAGAGGUCACUUCCGAGCUGGCCAUGCUCAAGUCCCUGUACGGCCAGCACGGCGCCGUCUUCCGCGGCGAACGCGAUCCCCUAGAGCUCCUCUUCCGCACGGAUCGCCACACCGAGACCGAGGGCAUCUACUCCGAGUCCUUCUACGCCCGCUACUACAACAGCGUCGUGACGUACGUGCUGUCCGCCCUGGUGCAGUCGCAGCAGCCGCAGGACCGCCGCCGCAAACUCCGCAUCCUCGAGGUCGGCGCGGGCAGCGGCAGCACGACGCGAAGGAUGCUGGAGACAGCCGCCGCGCUCGAGAUCGAGGUCGACUACCACUUCACCGACAUCUCCGAGACCUUCAUCCGCAAGGCUUCCAGCAGCGGCAAGCUGUCCGCGUCGCCCGGCGCCGCCCGCAUCACGUACGGCGUGUUCGACGCCGAGCGCGACCCCCGUCUCCAAGGGCUAGCCAGCUCGUCGUUCGACCUCAUCGUCGCGGUCAACGUGAUACACGCGACGCGCGUGCUGCGCGAGACCAUGGCCAACCUCAGGCAGCUGCUGCGGCCGCGUGGCGUCGUGGUGCUCUCCGAGUUUACGCGCCCGAGUCCUAUGACGGAUGCGUCGUUCGGUAUGACCGAGGGGUGGUGGCGGUUUGACGACAAGGACUUGCGUCCUGAGUACCCGCUUAUGGAGGCGGCGCGGUGGGAGGGCUUGCUCCUGGCGACGGGCUUUGAUAGGGUGCGGACGCUGGAGAAUCCAAAGGCUGGUGAGUCGCAGGCUGUCAUUGUCGCGCAGGCUUCCGCCCAGGAGGAUGAUGAUGGUUCGAGGGACCGUGAGCGUGAGGAGCGCGGCGUCUACAUCAUCUCUGGUGGCACUGGUGGUAUCGGCCUUCUGACUGCCAUCGUCUUGAUCGAGCGGGGUUGCCGGAAGGUCUACCUUCUCUCCCGGAGCGGAAAGGUGUCUUCUAACUCGACCCAUUUGUGGGACAGACUGAUGGCUGUGGCUCAGCCGGACCAGGUGGUCAAGGUUACAUGUGAUGUCAGCAACGGCGUCCAGGUGGCUGAAGUCUUUGCCGGGAUCAGAGAACGUGGCGAGUGGGUUGAAGGCAUCAUCCAUUCAGCUGGAGCGCUGAGGGAUGCCAUGCUCCGCAACCAGACUCCCGCUACCAUCUCGACCGUAUUCGCUGCCAAGGUCGAGGCUCUGCGCCAUCUCCACUCUUGCAGUCUCGACGAACCUCUACUGCGCCAGUUCGUCAUUUAUUCCUCCUGCGCCGCACUUCUUGGUUCGCCGGGCCAGAGCAAUCACGCUGCUGCCAACGCGUUCCUUGACUCCUUCACGGCCUACCGCCGUACCUGCGGCCUACCCGCGCUGAGCAUACAGUGGGGUACAGUCAGUGGCAUUGGUGAGGCAGCUCGUAAAGGCGCAAAUAAGCUCGCUGUGAAAUUCGGUCAUGGCCAAGUGUCUGAGACGGAGGCUGAGAGCUUCUUGAAGGCCGUCUUUGCAUCUGACCAUACUCGCACACUAUCAGGACCGAUGUGCAUUUCACCGUUCAAUUGGUCCACCUUCACCAAAAUGAGAACUCGCGUGCCAUCGCUGGUCAGCGCCUUCUCCGUCAUCCAGAAGGCCGCCCCGCCUCGUCCCACGGGCAGUACACCAGCAACAAAGGCUGUUCCUAUGUCUAACUCACGUGGAAAUGCAGCCGUUAGCUUGCUUGAGACGAUACAGAGCUGUGUCGAAGCUACUGUUGGUACGAGGAUGCCGAGCGCUUCGUCGACUUUCUUCGAUGUUGGCAUGGACUCUCUGUCGGCAAUUGAGUUCCGUAACCGUCUACAGUCCAGAUUGGGAGCGGGUGUCAAACUUUCGGCCUCCUUAGUCUUCGACUACCCCACCCUAGCGCGGCUACAGGAGUAUCUCGAAGUAGAAACUCAUCCACAGCAACAGAUUCAAAAUCCUGCACCAAACAUCUCUUGUAUGAUCCGCAAUGGACCGCAGGUUGUGGACAAGGUUAUAUCUAUCGUGGGCAUGGACGCCCGACUCCCUGGUGCCGACACCGUCGAAGACCUGUGGAACUUGCUGCUCUCUGACGAGGAUCCCUUCCGUGACAUACCAUUUUCUCGAUGGGAUCUUGAUCAAAACUUCUACUCCCCCAAGACUGCACCAGCAGAUGGCAAGGCAGCCGGGAGAUCCUACGUCAGGCAGGGUUCCUUCCUUAGGCCAGACCAACUUGAGUGGUUCGACAACAGCUUCUUCGGCAUCUCAAAUGCGGAAGCACGCACCAUGGACCCUAACCAGCGACUGCUCCUGGAGGUCUCCUACCAAGCGCUCGCCGACGCCGGCUACACCCGCGACAGCCUGCGCGGCCAGAACGUAGGCGUCUUCGUCGGCUUCAUGAACUACGACCAAUUCUUCCUCACUGCCGGCGGCGGCGACAAGGGCGCCAGCGCCUUCACUGCCUCGUCCGCCUCCCCCGCCGUGCUGUCCAACCGCGUCAGCCACGUCCUCGGCCUAGAAGGCCCGUCGUGCACCCUCGACACGGCCUGCAGCGCCUCGCUCUACGCGCUGCACACAGCCAUCGGCGCCCUCCGCUCCGGACAGUGCGACGCGGCCGUCGUGGCCGGCGUCAACGUCAUGAUGUCGCCGGCCGCCUUCGUCGCCGAGUGUGCUGCCGGCAUGCUGAGCGCCUCGCAGCGUUGCCGGCCGCUGGACGACGGUGCGGACGGGUUUGCCCGCGGCGAGGGCUGCGUCGCUGUGGUGUUGCAGCGUCGCGGAGACGCGGUGGCGCAAGGACGGUACAUACAUGCCGAUAUUCUUGGUAGUUCAAUUGGUCAUGACGGGACGACGGUUAACCUCACCUCGCCCAACGGCCCUGCUCAAGCAAGAAUUAUACAGCGCGCUCUCCAGGAUGCCGGUGCCAGCCCCUCGUCUAUCGCGUUUGUGGAGGGCCAUUUGACUGGCACGGUUCUGGGCGACCCCAUCGAGUUCAGCGCGCUCAAGAGCGUCUUCGGCACGCCGGCUGCCCAGGAAAACAGGUCCGCUCCUCUGCAUUUAGGCGCCAUCAAGAGCAACUUGGGCCAUCUGGAAGGCGUAGCCGGCGUCGCUGGACUAGUCAAAGCCGUCCUGUCGCUCAGACACCGCGUGCUGCCUCCAAUCGCACACUUGAAGAAGCUCAACCGCCACCUCGACUUCGAAGACUUCAAGGUCAACGUGCCCGGAUCGGGCAGCAGCAGCAGCGUCGGCUUGGUGCCCAGCUCGUCUUCCGGCCCGGAGCUCAGGUGCGGCGUGUCUUCCUUCGGCUUCUCCGGCGCCAACGCGCACAUCGUCCUGGAGGCGGCGACGAGCGCGCCUCAGCGCUGCUUGGUGCCGCGGAAGCGCCAUGUGUUCUCCCGCAACUAUUUCCCGCUGCGGAGGGGAGGUUCGCACGCGCUUCUUGGCCGUCUGCCAGCAGGGGACGGCACAUGGAAGAUGGGAGGUGAGCAUGACGUGCUGAUCGGGCACCGUCUGUUCGCCCUGCUGGAGCAGCACGUCGUCAGGGGCAUUCCUACCGUCCCUGGUGCCAUGCUUGUAGAGCUGGCUUCCUCCGUCGUUGCCAGCAGCGGACCUUCACCGUCGGCUCAUCUGCAGGAAAUCGUCUUUGCAGCACCAUUCACCGUGUCGGCGCCGCGGUCCAAGACCAUGUCGAUCGCCCACGAAGCCGACGGCCAGUUCACCAUUUCGUGGGCGGGCGUAGACGAAGAAGACGAUGAGUCCCACAUCACAGCAUACGGACGACUCAAAGGACCUGCAGACCCCCCGUCCGCGGACGAACGAACCGUCAUGCUGGACCGGAUGCGGCGGCACCAAGACGCCUGCAAGCAAGCAGUAGACAUCGACUCCGUGUGGCAAAAACUCGAAGACGUCGGCAUCCGCUACACCGGCCUUUUCCGCAGCCUGCAGCGCGCGUACACCUCGAUCAACGAGCAUGCCGCCCUAGCAUACGGUAACAUCAGCCUUGCCGAGAACGGCGAAGACGGCUUCCUCGCUCACCCGGCCUUGCUCGACUCAGCCAUGCAGGUCUGCGCCGCUGUGGUGCUGGCCAAGCUAUCUACAACAGAGGAGCAAAGUCGCGGCGCUGCACGAACCUUCCUGCCCUUCGCCAUGACAGGAGUUAGGUUCUGGGCGCCCCGCCCGCGCGAGAGCCGCAAGCGCGAGUUCGUAGCGACGGCGGAGGUAGUGUCAGUAGGCGCCGCCGAGGUCAAGGCCAGGCUUUCCGUCUUCGAUGACGCGAGUGACCCCGUGUUCGAUAUCGAGGAAAUCGUCUUCCGUCCCGCGGGAGCCAAGGGGGGCGAGCAGAGCCGGGACCAGAGCCAGAACAAGCACCCUGAUCCACUGCAUACCGUCUGCUGGGCGAGGAUGCCCACCGCUCCUGAGUUGGAGGAGGUUGCUCGGCCUUGCGUUCUCGUCGUCGAGGAUGAGCAAGACCGAGAUGCUCUUGCCUCGAAAUUACCGCCGUCGGUCACUGUAGCGCUUCGAAGGGAGCACAAAGCCAGCGAGGAGCUUCCGCAGACGCUUUACUAUCUGCCCUCGCUGUCCAGCACAGCGGCCGAUCUGUGCGCGUCCGCCUUGGACCUCGUCAACACUGCGGUCGAGGCCGCUACAUCUUCCGGAACUCCGGCCACCUCGUCGCUCUGGAUCCUCACUCGUGCCAGCCAGGUGGCCCCUAUCGCCCACCCGCAGCAGGCUGCGUUGUGGGGCCUGAUGCGCUCCGUCGUCCUCGAAGACACCCGGGCCGUACGCAUCGGCCUCGUUGACCUCGUCGUAGCGAGCAAGUCGGACGACGUUCUCAAGCUGUUGGGCAGGCUGAAAGCCCCCAGCCGCCCGCUUUCCGAGCUGGCGUGGGAUGCGGGAACAGACACAUGGUUCGCGCCUCAGAUGGUGCCGGACCGCCUCUGCGAGCUCGACGUCCCGACCAUGGCCGUAGCGACAACGGGCCUGGACUCGCUCGAAGCCGUGCCACUGAUCGAGCCAGACGGCUUCGCCGAGCUCGGUGCGGACCAGGUAUCCAUCCGCGUCGGCGCCGUCGGCAUCAACUUCCACGACGUCCUGUUCGCAGCCGGCGGCCUGCAACACGGCAGCAGCGCCCUGGGCGCCGACUUCGCCGGCACCGUGGAGGCCGUCGGUUCUGGAGUCAAGCACGUAUCGCCAGGCGACACGGUGUUCGGCAUGGCCGAGGCGUGCAUGCGGAGCGUCGUCCGCUGCAACGCCCGCCUGGUCCGUAAGAUGCCCGAGGGGCUGUCCAUGGUCGACGCCGCGUCCCUGCCCACCGUCUUCGCCACGGCACAUCACUGCCUCGUCGAGCUGGCUGAGCUGCGGCCGGGGCAGACGGUGCUGGUGCACACGGCCACGGGCGGCUUGGGUCACCUGCUCAUCAGCAUCGCGCGGUCCCGCGGCGCGCAGGUCGUCGUCGCCACAGCGGGGUCGGAAGCGAAACGGGCGUACCUGCGCGAUCAGCUGGGGUUGGAGAGCCGCAUGGUUUCGACGACGAGGGACGCGCGUGCGUUCGCCGCAGAGCUGGAGCACGUCGCGGGGAAGGUCGAUGUGGCCGUCAACACCCUCGCCGGCGACUACAUCCCGGAAACCCUGAAACUCCUCAAGCCCGGCGGCACAUUCAUCGAGACGGGCAAGGUCGCCAUCUGGAGCCACGACAGGGUUGCGGCGUCGCGUCCGGACGUCGUUUACCGAGUCGUCGACCUGGACGUCACGGGCUCCGCGUCCGUCAAGCUGAUGGAUGCGUUCUUGUCAAGGCUGGCUGAGGGCGUGGCGGACGGCAGCGUGCGGCCUCCGCCUGUCACUGCGUUCGACUACCCGGCGCAGUUGAGGGAUGCUUUCCGCUAUGUGCGCACGGCCAAGCACAUUGGUAAGGUUGUGCUGCGCAUGAUGCCGCAGGCGACCCUGCCCCGUACGACGGCGGCCGCGAACACUUCCCCGGGCUUCUCGCAGCCCGAGGUUCCCGUCGCGUUCGAUCAGUCGAGGUACCAGGAAGGUAUCGAGCAAGUGGCGCGGUUUGCCGCUCGCCAGCUUCGCGCGGCUGCUGGAAGUCUUGCGGAGGAUGAGGUGGAUGGCCGGUGGCGGAAGUUGUACGGCAGGUAUGCUCAUCCUGGGGAUGAGAGGGCUGAGGAUGGUGAGCAUCUUGGAGUUGAAGAAAUUAUUAAGACCUGGCCCGAAGUGCGUCCUGAGGCACGGUUGGUGGGUCUCAUGGAAGGAAAGGUCGAGGACCUGUUCAGAGGUCGCGUCGAGGCACCGACAGUUCUCUUCUCGGAAGCGGCGAUGGAAGUGGUGGAGGGCUUCUAUGUGGGAUCAUUGGCACUGGACUACUACAACACGGUGCUCAAGGAGACGCUGGUCUCUCUCCUGCGCGAUAGACCCAGCGGCAGGAAGCUCCGUAUCCUCGAAGUGGGUGCCGGCACGGGAGCCACCACCGCCAAAUUACUUCCCGUGCUGGAGUCCGUCGAGUUCGAGUACGUCUUCACAGACGUCAGCAGCGUCUUCCUCAAGAAGGCGAAGCGGGACAUCGCGAGCCGCUUGCCCGCCAACAGAUCCAUGGUCUUCGACAUUCUGGACAUCGAGGUGGAUCCCUCCGCGCAGGGCUUCCAGCCUGCGCAGUUCGACAUCGUGCUCGCUGCCAAUUGCAUCCACGCUACGCGACGGAUGAAAGAGACGGUGGCCAACAUGCGCUCUCUCCUACGUCCUUCUGGUGCCAUGCUGCUGUUCGAGUCUACACGCCAAUCUGCCAUCUCUGAUUGCACCUUUGGCUUCACUGACGGCUGGUGGAGAUUCGAGGACCUUGAACUGAGACCUGACUACCCGCUCUUGUCAUUCGACACCUGGAACAGCGUCUUGAUGAAUAACGGUUUUGUCUCGGUGGACCGCGCUGACCGUCUGGAUGGAGCACUCGAGUCGUCAGCCAUUAUCGUAGCACGCAACAGCUCGACAUCGGAAGACUGCCCGGAAGAUACGUCAACAAUGGUCCGGAAAGAUGCUGCGUAUCUGGUCACCGGUGGCAACAGUGGCCUAGGACUCGUAGCCGCCAGGGCGCUUAUGGAUGCCGGUGCACGCCACCUCGUACUGCUGUCUCGAUCUGGAGCGAUAAAAGAGGACGACGCUCAUCUUUGGCGUCAACUGCAUUCCGCAGCCGCCAAUAUCGGAGCCAAGAUAGAACACCUUCCAUGCAAUGUUGGCGAUGGCACCGCUUUGGAGCAAACAUUGGCCUCACUGCGCGAGCAGGGCUGCCCAGAAAUCCGGGGUGUGAUCCACGCGGCAGGCUUACUGGACGAUGCGCCCUUCCGUCAGCAGUCCAAGAAGACGCUCAACACCGUCAUCGCACCAAAGGUUACCGGAGCCAUUACCCUGCGCCAAGCGCUGGUGCCACAACCAGACUUCAUCCUUCUCUUCAGCUCAGCCGCCGGAAUUCUCGGAAGUCCCACGCAGAGCAACCACUGCGCUGCCAACGCCACGCUCGAUGCACUAGCGGCCCAGUGGCGUCAUGAGGGACUCCCGGCAAUGAGUCUUGCCUGGGGAAUGGUGCUCGGCUUGGGAACACUGCGGAGGCAACCGCCCGGCCGCGCAGCCAUUGAAAGACUGGGCGGCAUCUCGCCCGAUCUCGCGUACCGAACCAUCUGCGCUGCCAUUGCCGCCACAGCGGGCUGCAGCCACCAUUCCGGCUACCUUCUCUGCUCUCCCAUCCAAUGGUCCAAGCUUUUGGCGAACAGUGACGGCAGAGAGACAGAUGCAGUCAACAGCCCGCAGUCCGGACACCGGCAGCUCUUCUCCACAUACCGCAAAACCCUCGCCCUCCAACGCCAACUCGAGCCCAAGCGGAAGCCAGCCCGGAAGGCCGCACGGUCGAAAGCGAGCAAGUCAACAUCUGCCGCCCCCAAGGCGACCCAGCACGCCGCAGCGGUGGUGGUCCCGGACCUCGACUCCAUCACCACGACGAUCCGCAACAUCCUCGCCGACGUGACGGGCACGAACAUCCCGUCAUCCGAACCAGACCCACGCUUCGAAGACCACGGCGUCGACUCGCUCAGCUCAAUGGAGCUAGGCAACCGGCUCAACGCCGCCUUUCCCGGCCUCGCCAUCUCACCCAUGGCGCUCAACGGCUUCCCGACGCUGAGCUCGCUGAGCCAGCACGUCCGCCGGGAGCUGUUACGCAUCAACGACGGAGGCAACACCACAGCGCCGGACGAGCAGACCGAGCAGCAACAACAAAACCUCAUCCCCCUCAACGCCGUCCCGGACGACGGCCACCCCGACACGCCCAUCGCCAUCGUCAUCCACGGCGGCGCGGGGGAGGUCCACCACGUCAAGCAGCUCGCCGCGCGCCUGCCGUUCCGCGUCGUCGGCGUGCGGCAGACGGACGACGUGCCGGCCGAGUCGGUCGCGUCGAUGGCGGCGCACUACGUCCGUCUUCUCCAGCGUGAAGGCCUGCUGGGUCGUCGCGCGGACGGGACGGUUCGUCGCCGCGUGCAGUUGAUGGGGUACUCGUUUGGCGGCUGCGUCGCGUGGGAGAUGGCGCGGCUGCUGGAGAUGCAGCAUGUGCAGCAGCCGGAGCGGUUGGUGUUGCUGGAUGGCGGGCCGACGACGGAUGUGUCGAUGGAGCAGGUGUUGGGGUGUAGUUUGGAGGCUGGCGGUGGCGAUGGCGGUGCGGAGGAGGAGGGAGAAGGAGGCGUCGGCGCGCGUUCGAUCCGCUUGAUGGGCGCGUUACUGCUGGCCAGCGGUGCCAAGGUCAUCGGCACCGCGGAUAUCGUGAGCACGCUGCAACGCGUGGGUUUGGUCAAGAAGCCGGGCUCCGACGAUGGCAAAGAGAAGCAGCAGCAGCAGUCCUUCGACCUCGACCUCAUCUCCCGCACGACCCGCGACGUCGUCGAGCUCAUCCCGCCCUCGCUGCGCGGCGCGCCACUGCAGCGGCUGACGGACCUUUUCGCCGCCAACAUGCGCGCUUACGACGGCUACCUCGCCUUCCACGCCGCGGGCAAGGCGCCGGCGUUCGACGGGCCCGUUUGGGUCGCCAGGUCGAAGCUGCCGCGGGACGAGGAGGAGCGACGUCGCGCGCAGCUGUGGUUGGAUUCGGAUCAUUAUGCUUUUAUGGACUUGCCCGAGUUGGCGGGGGCGGUGGCGGGGUUGGUGGUUGGUUGA